AUGUUUUCUGUAGCUCUGCUGCUGCUGCUGGCAGCUGGAUGUGUGAAGUGUGAACAGUUGACACAGCCAGCCUCUGUGACUGUGCAGCCAGGUCAGAGUCUGACCAUCACCUGUCAGGUCUCUUAUUCUGUUAGCGGCUACUGGACAGCCUGGAUCAGACAGCCUGCAGGGAAAGGACUGGAGUGGAUUGGAAUAAGAUACACUGGAGACACUUACUACAAAGAUUCACUGAAGAACCAGUUCAGUAUCGACUUAGACGCCUCUAAUAACAGGGUGACCCUAAACGGACUGAAUAUGCAGCCUGCAGACACUGCAGUGUAUUACUGUGCCAGAGACCCACAAUCAGGACUUGGUGUUGAGAUGUAUCACUGUGCUUACUUUGACUACUGGGGUCAAGGGACUGCAGUCACUGUUAAUUCAGGAACUGCACCGACUCUGUUCCCUGUGGUUCAAUGCGGCUCUGGGACUGGAAAUCAAAUCACUGUUGGUUGUCUGGCUCAUGACUUCAUCCCAAAGAGUACUUUCCAGUGGACGGAUGACAGCGGGACCAGUUUACCUUCUGUACAAUAUUCUACAACUGUCAAUGACAACAAAUUCACAGGUCUUAGUCUGGCCCGAGUAUCCAAAUCUGACUGGGAUUCAGGGAACUCUUUUAACUGUGCUUUGACGUAUCCUGGAGGAUCCAAAAGUGUCAAAGUUGAAAUGCCCGAACUCCCUCCAAAGAUAACGUUGGUAUUGGUGCCAAGAGGAGACACUCAGGCUCUGAUGUGUUCAAUUUAUGAUUUUUUUCCCAAUGAAUUGACGGUAAAAUGGAAGAAAAAUGAAAUAGAAGAAACUGGCUUCACUACU